AUGAAGGUGGUGGCAAAGACAACGACAAUGACGAACACGACAGAGUCUGAGGUCUCACCACGUGGAUUCGCUUUGGCUACUAUUUCGGCAGCCGAGUUCUUCAUCGUCGUUGCCGUCGAGGUCACCAUCUUCAACACAGCGAAGAAACAAGGCACAUUCACGGCUCUCCCAUAUCACACCUUGAUGCAGUCAAUGCAAGUACACUGUACGCGUCUCCUUGCAAGGUCCUCCUAG